UGUGACAAAGGUGACAGCUUCACAGAUCGGUCCACGAACUCUUCGUGUUCAGUCAUCAGUUUGCUGUGUCUAAGGAGGAGGAGGUCUCUGUUUGCUCCAACAUGAGUGAAGAUAGCAGCGCUCUGCUCAGCAGGCUGCAGCAGUUGCAGUGUCACUUCACCUGGGAUCUGGACGUGCUGGACGUGGACCUGGAAACCCUGAGCACCCGACUACAGAUUGACAUAGAUUUUCAUCAGAGUCAGCAUGAGGGAGAGAGUUGCACCUACAGCCUCUUGGCUUAUUUCAGGCAUCUUCAGGAUCAACAAGAGGAAGCGCUGUCACUUUUAAACCAAUCAGAGAAGACCAUCAGGAAGAGUUAUGGUGAUGAGAGUGAGAAGCGGCUGAUUGUGACGUAUGGAGACAUGGCCUGGCUGAAAUAUCAUCAUGAAGACUUUGCACAGUCACAAAGCUACUGUCAGAGAGUCGAGGACAUACUGGUGAAGUAUGCCACUGGUUCAUCAGGAAGUUUCCUUCCAGAGGUGUACGGGGAACAAGCCUGGACCUAUUUCAAGGUGUCGAGGUCUUUUCUCUCAGACGCCAUCGACUGUUUUCGUAAAGCACUUGAGGUACAGCGUCAUGACACCGAGUGGAAUGCCGGCUACGCCAUCGCUCUCUUUUGCAAAGAACAGUGGUUUGCAGAAAACAAACAGGAAGAUGGGGAAUCCCAGGCCACCAAACAGCUUCGCUUUGCAUUGGAGAUCAGCCCAAAUAACGCUGCUCUGCAGUCUAUGCUGGCUGUGAAGCUGGUGACCUAUAAGAAAUACGAAGAGGCUGAUGAUCUGGUGAUGAAAGCACAAAAAAAUGAUCCUGACAACCCUCAUGUCAUUCGCCACUCAGGAAAUUACUUACUUAAUCGGAAUCGACUGGAUGAGGCUAUUGAUGUGCUUAAGCAAGGCCUGAGAAGGGGCGAUCAAUUACCUUCCUUCAACUACCAGAUGGCUAUGUGUUACAAGCAGAAGAAAAUUGCUGAAGAGCGCCGCGGGCCCUGCAGCAACACAGAAGAGGUGGGUAAGUGGAGGCGUUGCUGUAUCAGUCACCUUGAAGAAUCUGUGAAGAUGAAACCAUCCUUUGUCCGGGCGUGGGCUGAACUGGCACCGUUGUACGCAGAGGAAGGGGAUUUGAGCAGGGCUGAGGAGACUUUCAAGCACUGCUUGGAGAAGUUACCAGAGUUGAAGGAGAAAAGGGUUUGUCAGAUUAUCCAUCAGCACUACGGUGACUUUCUUCAUUAUCACAAAAAAAAUGAGGCUCAAGCCAUCGCUCACUAUACCAAGGGGCUGCUGAUACCACUGAAAAAAUAUGAGUGGAGACAGUGUGCUAAGGGGCUGCUGAUACCACUGAAAAAAUAUGAGUGGAGACAGUGUGCUAAGAGACUGAAGCAGAUCGCUGAGAGACGUCUGGCAAAGAAUCCAGGUGAUGGUGAAGCUCUCGCUCUGCUGGGUCAGGUGGCCAGAGCUGAGGGCGACAGCAAGGAAGCUGCUGAAGUUUUAUGAAGAAGCUCUGAACUAUGACAAGGACAAUGAAGAGUACCUGUCUGCUCUGUGUGAGCUGCGCCUGGAGCUGCAGGGAUCAUCCUCUGAUUAAUCAGGAUCAAUGCAAAAACUGGUAUAACUAACUCUUACAAGCUUACAAGGAGCCAAAAAGUAUUUGUGAUCUUGUUUAGAGAGUGAUACACUCAGAGAGAGCAGGAUGGAAUUAAUUUUUUACAAUAUGUAUUUUAUCUCUUAGCUUUUAAAUCCUAAAAUGAGUUAUUUAAUUGCAUAUUAAGUUAAUCGAUAUCACCAAGACACUGAGAUGAUGCACUUGUGAAUGCUUGUCGGUCCCUCUGUGUAGUACCGCGCCUCUCGCCUUAUGGCAGCUGUGAUAAACCCUGAACUGGAAAAGCAGAGGAUGGAGGGACAUUUAAAUUAGUAUUUCUUUCUUCUUUUGCAGUUUCAUGUGAUCAAUGCUCAAAUAAAGGUUGUUGUAUAUAUGCUUUAAUUCAUGUAGUGUAAAUGCUUUGUCUUGGUUUAAUAUAAAAAAAUCCUUCAAUAACAUUCUUGCUCAGUUGCUCUUGUUUUAAGAUAUUUUCCCUUAAAGUGAGAAAGAAGUAGAGACAUUUUGAGUUUAUUUGACAUAAUUUCUGAUGAAUUCUCACUUCAUUAAAUGCAAGACGUUGGAAGUAAUGAUGUACAAAUACUUAGUGUCACAGUGUUUAUGCAUAUUAAACAGUGACAUGUGUACUUCCAUACUCUCUCACACAGUUUUCCUCCUACUGAUUAAAAAAUGCAGUAAUCUGUAUUUUCCCAUGGUGCAACUUUGAUAUGUUUAUAUGAUCACAGAACAAAUUUCUGGGGAGUUUUGGAUGAUGUGUGGAGCUGUAAAGUUGUGGAUUCUGCUGUGAUUUUGAGCUACAGAUUUAAUUAAAAACAUGUCAGUAUAACAGACAGUGAGUUGUCU